AUUGUAAUCUUCAAAAUUGUUCCCUCCCAUUUAUUUCGAUUUCAGUAGUUUGAAAUAUCAAAAUCUAUCAUUUCCCGCUGUUCAACUCCGGUGCUGCUACCACCUUCUUCACCCCGAUGGGGCAGCCGCACUAACAUCGUUGACCUUCCUCAACACUCUCCAUCUUCUACUAACAGGUUUUUUCUUAACAAUUGCAAGCAUUCCAUAUACAAAUAGAGCCUCUUCCGUCGCACUCGUACCAACCAUUUAAUGUCUAUGUUUAGCUUCAAAAUCCUUCGAUUUCUCGAGAUCUGCUAGCUCCAUACGGUGUCGUCUUCUCUCUCUGGUUGUGCAGAUACUGUGGCUUUGAUUAUGAACGGCUCUACCUUACAGUUCGAGAAACCGAUAGGAGAUGCGGUUUCCAGGAUACGAUUCGCCCCGCAAUCCGAUAAUCUCCUCAUUUCUUCUUGGGAUUCUAAUCUGCGAUUAUACGAUGUUGAUAGCUCUCAGCUUAGACUAGAAGCUUCCUCACGGGCUGCUCUUCUCGACUGUUGUUUUCAGAGCGAGUCCAUGGCCUUAACCGCAGGAUCAGAUGGUUGCAUCAGAAGGUAUGACUUGCAUUCAGGAGCUAAUGAUACAGUUGGAAGCCAUUACGAUAUGGCAACAUGUGUUGGAUAUAAUGAUGAAACGUGCCUAGUGAUUUCAGCUAGUUUAGACAAUAACAUAAUGUUCUGGGAUAUGCGUGCAAUGAAGCCUCUAGCAUACCGGAGAAAUCUGGGUGCAGAAGUCGAGUCAAUGUCUCUCUCUGGAUUUGAUUUGAUGGUAGCUGUUGGAACAUCAGUAAAUAUAUAUGAUUUGCGAAACUUGGAGAAGCCAAUUCAUUCAAAAGAAUCAUGUAUGGAUGUACAAAUAAAAUGUAUUAGCUCCUUUCCUAACUCUAAAGGUUAUGCUGUUGGAUGUGUCGAUGGACGGGUGGCAUUGGAAUUCUUAGAUCCAUCCAAUUCAAAUAAGAGAUAUGCUUUCCGUUGUCAUCCGAAGUCAAAGGAUGGAAGAGCACAUCUAGUUUCAGUUAAUGACAUUGUUUUCAAUCCACUUGUAUGUGGCACUUUCAUUACUGGUGACAAUGAUGGCUACAUUAUCGCAUGGAAUGACGAAAGUAAAAGAAAAUUACAUGAGUUUCCAAGAUACCCGAACAGUGUGGCGUCUUUAUCAUUCAAUCAUGUGGGAGAACUUUUGGCAAUUGCAUCCAGUUACACUUACCAAGAAGCCAAUGAAAUGGAAGUAUCCCCUCAGAUAUUUAUACAGAAGAUGGGUGACAGCUAAGUUAAUUUGUGCUGGAGUUUCAACUAGGAAAUGGGUAUUUUUGGUGUACUAGGUUCAAAAGGUAACCAUACAAAUCUAUAUUAUCCAUUGCUGGUAGUCACUUAUCUCAUUGAUAGGAGUUGCUGUACCCAAAUUAAGUUAUCCACUCCCUCUAACCUUGUCCUUGAUAAGGCCAAUUUAGUCUUCUUUUCAUAUUUUGGUCAUGUCUUACUUUAUUCCAACUGGCAAAAUGCUUUUCGUGGGAAGAAAAACACUGGUUGUUUAACUAUAUUCCUUCCUUUUCCAGAUAGUUGAAGUCAGCUCAAUCGUAUUUGUCUUUGAUUUAUGGAUUCUCAAUCUUCGGAUUAAUUGCUAAAUCUUGCUAAAAAGUGUCAAGUGUCCAGAUUUCUUGUCAUGCUUGCUGCUACAAUUUCUACUUUCUUUCUUUCUUUUUCUUAAUUUAUCUUUUUAAAAAAAAGAAAUCAUGUUACGGCCUAAGAAAGAGCCGAGUCCACAGGAAUAGUAGAUGUUUCUGUAUUUGUAAGAUUCCUCUUUCAUCAUUUCUGUUUCUGAGUUGAACUUGCUGUAGCGCAAGAAGGAUUUGAUUGAGUGAAUAAUGAAGAAGCAAAACGAUCGGUCUGUACCAUCUGAUUUUUUUGUCUCCAUAAAUGAAUAUCAACCUGAAGUCUCUUAUCUGA